CAUGCGGAACUAUCUCCUUCCUACCGCCCUCUGACAUCAGCCAUCAUCUCUCGCUACAAUUUCUCUGCACUCAAAUUAAUCCCGGGCGAUGAAAAAUGAACCUCUCCCCCACCCUUCCAGUCACCCUUCGCUUCACGCCCCCAGAGAAGAGUUUCUUCAUCCGGCAACUGGUGAAGGCUUUUUUCCAAGUCACAUGAUCCAGGAUGCAGGGGGAAAAUCCUUUUUGGAACAGAGCUGAGGGCAGAAUCGAAUCAGAUGAGGAGAGAUAAGGUGUGAUGUGGGGCAGAGUAUAUAAAGCAUGGAGCCAGGGCUGCAGCAAGCAGGCAGCCGUGGGGCCCCUUCCCCUGACCCAGCCAUGCAGAUGCCACCCGACUUGGUGGCCAGCCCCUGGAGAAGCAUGAGGCCCUGGAGAACCACAAGCCACAGCUACUUCUACCUCAGCACCGUCGCACUGGUGUGCCUCGUUGUGGCGAUGGCGAUCAUUCUGGUCCUGGUAGUCCAGAAGAAGGACUCCACUCCCAGAACAGCUGACAAGGUUCCCCUUAGAGGAGGAAAUUGCUCAGAUGACCUCUUAUGUACCGUGAAAAGACAUCAUUUCAAGAAGUCUUGGGCUUACCUCCAAGUGUCAAAAAACCUCAACAAUACCAAACUGUCAUGGAACCAAGAUGGUGCCAUCCAUGGAGUCGGAUACCAGGAUGGGAGCCUGGUAGUCCAGUUCCCAGGCUGGUACUUCAUCAUUUGUCAACUGCAAUUCGUUGUGCAGUGCUCAAAUCAUUCUGUGGACCUGACGUUGAAGCUCCUCAUCAAUACCAAAGUCAAGAAGCAGACACUGGUAACAGUGUGCCAGUCUAGAAUUCAAACCGAGAACAUCUACCAGAAUCUCUCUCAGUUCUUGCUGUCUUACUUACAGGUCAACUCCACCGUAUCAGUGGUGGUGGAUAAAUUCCAGUACGUGGAUACAAAAACUUUUCCACUUCAAAACGUGCUGUCCAUCUUCUUAUAUAGUAGUUCAGACUGAAUAGUUGCUCUUGACCUUUAAGUAGAAAAAUGUUGUCUACCAUAUAGUACUUCAUCUGUCCAAACAUGGGCAAAAAGAAAUGUUAGGACAACUGAAACUAAGUGUAUGAAUUAGUGUACUCCUCUUCUGUCCUUUGGAAAGAUACAGCUCCUUGGCUUAAAAAGUGAAGUCUCCUUCAGAUGGAUCACAAGGAAGGAACAUAGUAUGUGGACAGAUACCCACAUGGGUACUAGAAGGGUUUGAGUUGCCCCAGCCUAACCACUAGUUCACUGUUUGACCAUGAGCCCCUUUUCCUCUCCCUGAAACUCAGGGUCUGCAUCUGAAAGAGUGGGAGAUGGGGUUUGUGUCUCCCUGGUGUUUCCUUCAUCUCAGAAGAUGAAAUUUGUGAGCUGAGAUUCCAGAUAGAGUUCUGGAAGGUCUCAAGCAGAGGAAGGCCUCAUGUGUCAUGAUGAAACUGAUACCACCAGGAAUAUCUGUCUUCUUGUCAUCUCAGAGGAUCAUAGGGACUCCAUGCUGCCUUGCAGAAUGAUACUCCACCAGCCUGUAAUGCCCAAGGUGAUGCUGUCUCUUACCUAGGGAGUAGCUGCUGCCAUCUCCUUGGAUGUACAUGUGGCAUUCCCUGCUUCAAACACCUCAGUCCAUUUUUAGUAUGGUUUUGAAGUCCCCCAAAAAGUUUUUGACAGACAAUGAGGAUCCUGAAAAAGAGGGGAGCUUCUGGGCAACAGACAUCAACAGUCUUUCCUGACCUGAGAGGCCACUCAGUUCCCCUAGCCUCAUCAGGCUUGAGAGUUCUACACCAUUGUGGAAGACAGACUUUAACAAAUCAUUUGAAUUGAUGUAUGAGCCCCUGGGAGGUAUGCUUCAGUAAGGAAGGCGAGUCCUGCCAGUGCUGUGUGAAAGGAUGGAGUAAAAUAUGAGUUUCUCUAAAGGAAAAGAGAAGAACAACGUUUUUCAGAGAAAGGCUAGAACAGAUUUAAAAGGAUAAGAAUAAAACGCAGCUGUUUUGAUGUGUGAGUGGAACACAGGGAAACAAAAAUAACGAAGAAGAGCAGCUAUGUCAACCUCCUCUUUGGUCUCCUCUAUAGGUACAGGAAGAGGAGUUGCAUUGUAAGGUCAAGUUACGGUGUAUGGUCAAAUAGAAUGAGGUACCAUGAACUCAGUGCUGGAGGGUAAGGGGACCAGCAGUGUGAGUGUUGUGCUCAGAUGUGGGGCAAGUGAACCUUAGGUUAAAUCAACUGGAGCAUUCUAGAAAAGGCACAUGCCAUCUGAGUGGGAACUAAGCAAAUGCUCUCCCCUCUCAGACUCUAAGUCAAGAAUGACUCCAUGUUUAUUUUUCAUAGACUGUCCUCUGGGCAGAGGUACCUGACCUUUGCACUAUAGUUUGAUUUGUUCCUAAUUGCAGUCUCUAUCAAGCUGUGCUCAGAAAGCCAUUCACUAAAGACAAGAGGGCACUUCAAUAAAAAAAAAAGUAAAAUGUAGCAAAAUGAAAACAAAUAAUAGACAAUGGUUAUUGAUAAGUCAACUGGUAUGUAAAUAGGAAGUGGCCAAUCCAGGGAGUUUAAAACUAAAUUAUGGCACUUUUGAGGGUUAACCAGCCCCUGGGGACUUUCUGGCAAAUAUGUAAUAAUUAUAUUUUUCAUUGCUGUGACAGAGUACCUGAUGGACACAACUGAAGGGAAAGAUUUGCUUUGGCUUAAAGGCUACAGCUCCCCUCAGCUGGAAGGCACAGCAGAAGGAGUAUGGGGGGCCUGGUCACACUGGGUCCACAGUCCAGAAGUAGAGAGAUGGAUGCUGGUGCUCAUCUUACUUCCUCCUUUUUUCCAUUCAUUCAGUCUGGGAUUCUAUAGUGUAGUGCUGCCCACAUUCAGGAUGAGACUCAAGUCCCUAGCUGAAUCUGCCUCGAAAUUCACAGAAACAGCCAGAUGUGUGUCUCCUAGAGACUGCAAACCCUGUCAACUUAACAAUGAUUAAUUAUCACCACACAUAUGUAAGUGAGCACAUUAUUUUUCUAACUGGACACUUAGACUACCUAAGACAAAUGCUAAUUUGUUAAAAAUUCAGUGAGUUUCCACACUAUGCACUCAUGUGCUCCACUUAUGCUCCACUCACAGCAUGUGGACACAUACGUGCACACACGUGCGUGCGCACACACGCGCGCACACACACACACACACACACACACACGUGCACACGCAUACAUGCACACAUGCACAGACACAUACCAGUACCCUUACAGAACUUAAGGAAGGUCAUGUGUAAAGAAGAUCAUGUAUAAGUUGAAAUAUUCCACUUUAGUGUGCAAAAAUAAAGUAUCCCUGAUGUUUGGAGGAGGGAGGGGGAGCUGUGUGUGGUUCUCUACAUUCAGAAACUGUUUUCACCUGCUCUCCAACACCCACAAGUGCCCUCUGCAAACUGCAUGACCUGAUACCUCUUCAGAAUCCCCCAGCCACAUAAAAAAAGACUCAGAGAAUCAUUCAGUGUCCAGGAAAGGUUUGAUAUGAACAGACAAAAUACUGAGGUAGAAUUUGGUGAGAAUUAAAUAUACAAAGAUGCAGAUUCAGCAUAAUAUCAUUGAUUAUUUGAAACAGCCAAAACUUUCCAAUGAAAAAGACAAUGAAGCCAGCCCGAGGCAUUUCUGUAGUGAGGUCCUUUAGCCCUGGUGGAGUUCCUGCUGUGUAGAAAGCCAGGGGGAUGCCUAGCCUUAUCCAGCCCUUAGGAGUGGCACCCAGCCUCCUGACUCCUGCUCUGCUGUGCUCACCAGACUUUACUGGGCCUCCUUUAGCCUUUGUGAAAAACUUCAGGUCAUGUCUUUCCAGCCCUACACUGAAGCAGCCCCCAGGAUCCAGGGAAUGAAUGUUCCGCCCUCCUCUCUCUACCCUAGCCGUCUUCUCUAGAUUUGGUCCGUGACUGAGUCAUAGAAAAGGGUUAGAGCUGUUAGAGUUAUGACCCUCAGAACCAAAGAUGUUUAUGAUCAAGCCAAUAUUAUUUUUCAAUUAAAGUAAUAAAGUUUAUUGUUUAAUUUGUACCUAUUCACAUACAUAGGUGUACAUGUAAGUAUACGUGUAUGCUCAUAUACACACAUAUGUUUGUGUGUACAUUUUUCCCAUCAUGUUUUACGUAUAUCUGCUUAGCCUGGUUCGGGGAGGAAGCCUGAUGCUUGCUUUGGAAUUGCAAAGUAUAUAUAUAUAUAUAUGUUUAUAUUUAUUUUUAAUUAAGAAGAGAAGUGAAAAUAAUAUUUCUACUAGGCUUAAUCAGCUUAUUUAAUAAUUAUUAAUAUUUCACCAUAUUUGCAUCUGCUUCUUUGAAAAUAAAAAAAAACUAAGAUAGAGCUUAGCCCCACUCUCCCAUCCCCCACUCUCUCUCCAGGGAUUCAUAACUGCUGUCUGGAAGUCUAUGUCUGCCUUUCAUUUACAUAAAUUUACAUUUGUUUUCUAAUAAGGAUACAUAGUACAAUUCUGUGUGCUUUUAAAUUUUUUAAUAAAAGAUACACUUUAUGUAA